AUGUUUUUAUUUGCCCUUGUGUUUUUAAUAAUUUCUUGUAUUCUACUACAUUUAUAUACGAGACAAGUACAAACACAAAGUAAAGAUCCAGCUUAUAAAAAAUUCCAACAAACAUAUUUACUUGUUUAUCUUCUCGCCGUUGGCGGUGAUUGGCUUCAAGGUCCACAUGUUUAUGCACUGUAUGAAAGUUACGGCAUUCAAAAACAUGAGAUUGAAAUAUUGUUCAUUGCUGGAUUUGGAUCAUCGAUGAUUUUUGGAACACUCGUUGCGUCAAUGGCAGAUAAAUAUGGCCGACGGAAUACAUGUCUUAUGUAUGGCAUAUUAUAUGGCUUAUCGUGUGUUACAAAGCAUUUUUCAAACUUUUAUGUAUUGUUUACUGGACGUUUACUAGCUGGUAUGGCAACAUCGAUUCUGUUUAGUGCAUUUGAAUCAUGGUUAAUCAAUGAACAUCGAAGAAGAAAUUUUGAAUCGGAAACAUUGGGCAUGAUAUUUGCGAAUGCCUAUUUCGGAAAUUCAGUUAUUGCAAUUAUUUCUGGAAUAAUUGCUCAGUUAGCCGCAAAUACGUUUGGUUAUGUUGCUCCGUUUGACAGUGCCAUUAUCUCAUUUAUUGCCAUGUGUGUUCUUCUUGUAACAACAUGGUCAGAAAAUCAUGGGGAUGCUAAUGCACCAUUAACACAAUCUUUCAUAUCGGCAUGGCAUGCUGUCAAAUCUGAUCGAAAAAUCUUUUUACUUGGUGCUGUACAAGCUUUAUUUGAAGCAUCAAUGUAUGUUUUUGUUUUGGAGUGGACUCCCGCAUUGACACAAGCUUUAAAUAAGCCAGUCAAUUUAACUGAUAGUAAAAAUCCGCCGAUUCCACAUGGUUACGUAUUUGCUUCUUAUAUGGUUGCUAUGAUGAUGGGUUCGAAUUCAUUUAAAAUAUUGUGCAACUACACAAUGCCUGAAUCAUUUAUGAGAUAUAUUGUCAUUAUUUCGGCUUGUUGUAUUAGUGUUCCAGUUCUUAUGCCUACGGGUCAAUUGAUAAUGUUUAUUGCAUUUCUCAUAUUUGAAUUUUGUAUUGGUGUAUUUUGGCCAGCAAUGGCAACAAUGCGAAGCAAAUACGUUCCAGAAGAAGCUCGUGCAACCGUAAUGAAUUAUUUCCGUAUACCAUUGAAUCUCAUCGUUGUUGUUUUAUUAUUGAAAGAUCUAAAAUUGAUGGUUAUAUUUACAACUUGUGUAGUAUUUUUAUUUUUGGCUGCAAUCGCAAUGUUUGUUUUACACAAGCUAACAUUACGAUCAACUCAGUUGUCACCAGCAACAAGUGUAUUAGCACAUGAAAAACAUCAAGUGACAAGUGACGAUCCUAAAUUAUUGGGUUCUGAUGUUAAUGAUGAAUCACACAGCAAGCAAACAGCAGACUCAGUAGCUUAA